CUUUGCAAACAGUUUGGAUCCAGAUGAGACGCCACAGAACGUGGCGUCUCAUCAGGAUCCAAACUGUUUGCUAUUCUGAUAGUAUUCUUUGAAAAAAAUCGAAGAAAAUGCUAAUUUUAGAAAUUCUGCAGACGACAUUUCAGCAGACGACAAAUUUCCCAGCAUGCAAAGGGUUAAGUAAGAAUUGUGUCCGCGGGAUAAUAGUUUUAGUUGGCAAAAGAUCGAGUGCUUCAAAGGAUUACGUUAGAAGUUGAACCAAAAAAUGCAGUCUAUAAAAUGUGUUGUUGUAGGAGACGGAGCUGUGGGUAAAAGAUGUCUGCUGAUUAGUUACACGAAGAACGCCUUUCCAGAGGAGUACACAGUGUUCGAUAACUAUUCAGCCGUCGUGAUAGUAGACGGUGAUCCAAUCACCAUGUGGCUCUAUUGUUUAGCGGGUCAAGAAGAAUACGAUCGCCUGAGAGUGAUCGCCUAUCCACAAACGGAUGUUUUCUUAAUUUGUUUCUCGCUGAUCAAUCCAGACAGUUUUGAAAAUGUGCGGCAGAAGUGCUUCCCGGAAGUGAACCACCAUUGCCCUCACACGCCCAUCAUCCUAGUGGGAACCAAGCUAGAUCUCCGAGAUGAUAAAGAGACCACGAAAAAGCUAAAGGUGCGAAAGCUCUCAGUGGUUACACAUAAACAGGGCCGGACUCUUGCGAAAGAUGCGAAUGCCGUGAAGUAUUUGGAGUGUUCCGCUCUUACACAACAGGGUCUGAAAACCGUUUUUGAAGAAGCCAUACGGGCCGCAAAUGACCCACAAAAACACAUAAAAAAGAAGGAUCGGUGUACGCUUUUUUGAUGUAACAGCGCAUAGCAAUCAAUUUUAAUGGAAUCGGUGACUACCAAAAACUGCUUUAACUGCAAAAAUGAUGUAUAGGACAUGGUUUUGCAGUUUUUCAAUAUUAAAAAUGAAUGUUACUAAUGUAAUUGUGUCUUGGACGUUUUAACACUCAUAGUACAUGUAUUAUUUGUGUCUGUUCCGUUUGCCUGAACACUUCUGACUACUUUAAUAUGUGUGGUUAACCCUUUGCAUGCUGGGAAAUUUGUCGUCUGCUAAAAUGUCUUCUGCUGAAUUUCUAAAAUUAGCAUUUUCUUCGAUUUUUUUCAAAGAACACUAUCAGAAUAGCAAACAGUUUGGAUCCUUAUGAGACGCCACGUUCUGUGGCGUCUCAUCUGGAUCCAAACUGUUUGCAAAGGCCUUCAAAAUCCGGUUCCCGCACUGAAAGGGUUAAAUGUAUUUGUUAACACGUUAUUUAAUCGCCAUCUAUUAUUAAUGAAGAAAGGCAAUUUAACAGUCUUGAAUGUAUAUGAUUAAACAACUAUUAUUUGUUGCUUUAAAGAUUUUAUGUGUCCACAAUUUAUCUAAAUAGAAGUAUUUAAGUACUAUCACAUGACCUUUUUAAUUGAAUUUAUUAGAUAAAUUUUACACGCACAGGCUUUAACAUUUAAGCCACAUGAGUCGGUUAACUGAAUAUGGCAAUGACAGAGUUUGAGUUUGACACAUUGCUUUUUUAUCGGGUAGUUUUUACGUUUUGUGGUUUUCAACCAGAAAUCAUGGUGUAGCAAAUUGAGACUUCAUUUUACAAUUCAAUAACCCAGUCAUCUUGUAUACACGUGUAUUUAAAUGUUGCUUACACUUGUUGUUGUUUGUUUGUUAUUUUUAUUAUUUGUAUCAACACAUGUUUACAGUAUGAAAUACAUAUGAAAAAUUCACACACAA